CUCCCUACCUUAUCCUUCCGGGUUAUUGAAGGAGGUAGUAUGAAUCGCGUCAACACCUUGGCGUAUCCUGGAGCUGGAUUGAUACCGCCUGAGGAUUUCAAGUUCUCGAGUCGCCGUUAAAGCGUCUCUGCCCGGCUACUAGAUCAUCCUCGAAAUGGCAAUCAACCAAACACAGGCGGCUAAAGACAGCCUCCAGGAAGAGCAACAUCUGGAGGAUGCUCUGGAGCAUUUGAAAGAGCUGCAUCUGCAGCUUGCCUUCCAGCUCCGACGUCUGCGAUCGGUGCUUCCGCGCAUGCUCGAACCACUGGCCUCCAAACAGCCGUCGCCCCAAGCCUCGUACGACGCGUUUCUAGAAUCCGUCGACGCCACCGAUAAGGAGAUUGCCAGCUUUAAAACUGCCAUCAGCAGCGACGAGACCAAGAAACUCAUACAAAAGGCCAACAAGAGCCGACAAGCAAACCCGAAGGGCUUAAAACCGUGGAGACCACGGGACGACCCCCAGUGGACAACAACAAAGCGGCAGAAAACUAAGGACGCCUAAAAGAUGAGAAAUGGCGAUUAUGAGAACUUGACUGAGACGAAAACAAACACUAUGGCUUACCUUCUUCGGAGCAUUUACUGGGUAGCUCAGCGAGACCGGAUAGGCGUUUGGAGUUUACACGCAUAAUUUGGUUUUUUUUGGCACGAUAUUCAUUUGGGAGAGAAGCGGUCUUUGGGGUUUAUCUAGCGUGGCCAAUAGACCUAUCCACGGAC